AUGGAGUUGGAGAUCGUGGAGGUGGGCCCGUCGAGCAGGCCGCUGAGGUUGGUGCCGGCGCAGCCGCGGUGGAGGCCUCCCCCGCCCGCGACGCAGCUUCCCCCUCCGCCUCCGCCACCUCCUCCUGAGGCGGAGGCGUCGUCGAGCGCAGGGGACGCGGCGGCGGCUGCUGCUGCAGCGAACCAGUUCGACAGCGAGAAGCUGCCGCAGACGCUGGUGUCGGAGAUUCGCCCGUUCCUCCGCGUCGCUAACCAGGUCGAGCACGAGUCCCCGCGCGUCGCCUACCUGUGUCGAUUUCAUGCCUUUGAAAAGGCUCAUAUGAUGGAUCCACGUUCUACAGGGAGGGGUGUUCGUCAAUUUAAAACUGCACUUCUUCAGAGACUUGAACAGGACGAGAAAAGCACAUUUACCAAGAGAAUGGCAAAGAGUGAUUCUCAAGAGAUCAGAUUAUUUUGCGAGAAGAAAAUACAAGCUAACGAGCUUAAUGAACUCAUGCCCGUCUUGGGAGAAGUUCUAAAAGCUGUUCAGAUUGGAACUGGCAUGGAGAAACGGAUUGCUACAGAAACUUUUGCAGAUAAGUCGGCCUUACUCCGAUAUAAUAUUCUUCCGUUGUACACUGGAUCAAAUAAACAAGCAAUUAUGCUUCUCCCUGAGAUCAAAGUUGCAGUGUCUGCGGUGUUUAAUGUUCGCAGUCUUCCAUUUUCUAACACCAAGGUUCAUAAAAAUCAGACAGAUAUUUUUAUAUGGAUUCAAAGUUGGUUUGGAUUCCAGAAAGGAAAUGUUACUAAUCAAAGGGAGCAUCUCAUUCUUUUGCUUGCAAAUAUGCAUGCACGCCUGAGCCCGAAGUCACCCUCUGAAACAAUGCUUGAUGACAGAGCAGUGGAUGAAUUAUUGGCGAAAACAUUUGAAAACUAUCUGACCUGGUGCAAAUUUUUGGGGAGAAAAAGCAACAUAUGGUUACCCUCUGUGAAACAGGAGAUCCAGCAACAUAAACUUCUGUACAUAGCUCUUUAUCUUCUUAUAUGGGGAGAAGCAUCAAAUUUACGACUUAUGCCAGAAUGUUUAUGCUACAUAUUUCAUCAUAUGUCAUAUGAGUUAUAUGGAGUACUCUCAGGAGCUGUAAGCUUAAUUACUGGUGAAAAAGUCAGACCUGCAUAUGGAGGGGAUGAUGAAUCAUUUUUGAACAAAGUAGUGACACCAAUAUACAGAGAGAUAUAUGAGGAAUCACUAAAGAACAAGAAUGGAGUCUCUGAUCACUCAACAUGGAGAAACUAUGAUGACCUCAAUGAGUUCUUCUGGUCUGCUGAUUGUUUCAAGCUUGGAUGGCCCAUGCGCCUGAAUAAUGACUUCUUUUUUACAUCGACCAAAAAGAAGAAUCCUCAGCUUCUCGUUGUUCCACCAGUUUCAGUAAAUACAUCUCAGCAAACUGAGCAACAAAAUCCCCAAUUGGCUCAUGGAUCCUCACCAUUUCAAACUAUGCCCAAUUCAGAAGCAUCUGAGCAAACACAACAGCGUGCUCCAAGUGAGACAUCUCAACAGAAGUGGCUAGGAAAGACAAACUUUGUCGAGGUCCGAUCAUUUUGGCAUAUCUUCAGAAGCUUUGAUAGGAUGUGGACACUUCUUGUGCUUGGGCUUCAGGUUCUUAUAAUAAUGGCGUGGCAUGGAUUAGAAAGUCCUGUUCAGUUAAUUGAUCCAAUAAUAUUUCAGGAUGUGCUGAGUAUUUUCAUAACCAAUGCAGUACUUCGAGUUAUUCAAGUUGUUCUUGAUAUUGCUUUCUCAUGGAGAACCAAGAGAACGAUGAGAUUUAGUCAGAAGUUAAGAUUUGCUGUAAAACUUUCAAUUGCUGUGGCAUGGGCCAUCGUUCUUCCUAUUUUUUACGCUAGUUCCCAAAGUUACAUGUCUUGUUCAACUAGACGACCUAAAACUUUUCUGGGGAUGUUUUGCUUGUCAAAAUAUAUGGUAGUUGUUGCAUUCUACCUUACAAGCAAUGUGAUUGGGAUGGCAUUUUUUCUUGUUCCUGCUGUAAGCAGCUUUUUAGAGACAUCUACUUGGAGAAUUUGCAAUAUGUUAGCCUGGUGGUGCCAGCCUGAGUUAUAUGUUGGACGAGGAAUGCAAGAAGGCCAAGUAUCUUUACUAAAAUAUACAACAUUUUGGACAAUUCUCUUGUCAAGCAAAUUUUUAUUUAGCUACUACUUUGAGAUUAAGCCUCUUGUGGAGCCCACAAAAGAAAUUAUGAAGGUCAAUGUGAAUAAAUAUGAGUGGCAUGAAUUCUUUCCUCAAGUCAAAAGCAACGCUGGAGCUAUUCUUGCUGUAUGGGCCCCUAUAAUUCUUGUCUAUUUUAUGGACACACAAAUUUGGUAUUCUGUAUUUUGUACCAUCUUUGGUGGUAUGUGUGGUAUUAUUCAUCAUCUUGGUGAGAUUCGUACAAUGGGAAUGGUGAGAAGUCGAUUCUGUACCUUACCAGAAGCAUUCAAUAUCUAUCUUGUUCCUCAUUCAACUAUGACAAAGAAAAAGGGAAUGUUGCCUAGUUUCUUGGAAAAUAAAAUAUUUAAGAAUUUAGGUAAAGCUGAAAGACAUGAUCCGACAAAGUUUGCUCUUGUUUGGAACCAGAUAAUAAAUAGCUUCCGCUCAGAGGAUCUAAUAAGUAAUAGAGAGAUGGACUUGAUGACAAUGCCCAUGUCACUAGAGCAUAAGUCUGGUUCUAUUCGUUGGCCCAUGUUUUUACUCGCCAAAAAGUUUUCAGAAGCAGUGGAUAUGGUAGCCAAUUUUACUGGAAAAAGUGUGCACCUCUUUAGGAAAAUUAAGAAGGAUAAUUACAUGCUUUGCGCGAUCAAUGAUUUCUAUGAAUUGACAAAAAGUAUUUUGAAAUUUUUGGUUAUUGGUGAGGUAGAGAAGAGGAUCAUAGCUGCCAUCUAUACUGAAAUCGAGAAGAGUAUUCAGAAUGCAAGUCUAUUGGAUGAUUUUAGGAUGGAUCAUUUGCCUUCACUGGUUGACAAGUUUGACCGAUUGGCACAACUUCUGAACACAAAUACACAAGAACUUCAAUAUGAGGUGACAAUUUUACUCCAAGAUAUUAUUGAUAUUCUGGUCCAAGAUAUGUUUGUAGACGCUCAAAGUGUGUUAGUUCUUAUUAAUUCUUCUAAAACUCUAAUCUCGGAUGAUCAUGGAACCUUUGAGUACUACAAACCAGAGCUCUUUGCAUCUAUUAACUCAAUUUCUGAGAAUGGUCCACUAAAAGAGCAGGUGAAACGCCUCUACCUUCUACUUAAUACUAAAGAAAAGGCUAUGGAAGCACCGUCAAAUUUAGAGGCUCGGCGACGCAUUUCAUUUUUUGCCACAUCCCUUUUUAUGGAUAUGCCACUUGCUCCCAAGGUCAGCAGUAUGCUGUCAUUUAGCAUAAUAACUCCCUAUUUCAAUGAAGAGGUGAGGUUUUCAGAGGACGAACUUCAUUCAGAUCAAGACGAGGCAUCCGUUCUUUCCUACAUGCAAAAGAUAUAUCCAGAUGAAUGGAAAAAUUUUUUGGAACGGCUUGGUCCAAAGGUCACCCAAGAAGAAAUCAGAUAUUGGGCUUCUUUCCGUGGUCAAACAUUAAGCCGAACUGUCCGAGGAAUGAUGUAUUACAGAAAAGCACUGAGACUGCAGGCUUUCUUAGACAAGACAAAUGACCAAGAAUUAUUCAAAGGACCUGCGGCAAAUGGGCGACAGACUAAGAACAUGCACCCAUCAUUGGGAACUGAACUAGACGCACUUGCUGAUAUGAAAUUUUCAUACGUCAUCUCAUGUCAGAAGUUUGGGGAACAGAAAUCUAAUGGUGAUCCCCAUGCUCAAGACAUUAUCGAUCUAAUGACAAGAUAUCCAGCUCUACGUGUUGCCUACAUUGAAGAGAAGGAAAUCAUAGUAAAUAAUAGGCCACAUAAGGUUUAUUCAUCAGUUUUAAUAAAAGCAGAAAAUAAUUUAGACCAGGAAAUAUACCGUAUAAAGCUGCCUGGCCCACCCCUUAUUGGAGAAGGGAAGCCUGAAAAUCAAAAUCAUGCUAUUAUAUUCACCCGUGGAGAAGCUCUACAAACAAUUGAUAUGAACCAGGACAACUAUUUGGAAGAAGCUUACAAGAUGAGAAACGUCCUUCAAGAAUUUGUUAGGCAUCCUAGGGGCAAAGCUCCAACUAUCCUUGGGCUUAGAGAGCAUAUCUUCACUGGAAGUGUUUCUUCGCUUGCAGGAUUCAUGUCAUAUCAAGAAACAAGCUUUGUUACAAUUGGACAAAGAUUUCUUGCUGACCCCCUCAGGGUGCGGUUUCACUAUGGCCAUCCAGACAUUUUUGAUCGGAUGUUUCAUUUGACAAGAGGUGGCAUAAGCAAAGCGUCCAAAACUAUUAACUUAAGUGAGGAUGUGUUUGCUGGGUAUAAUUCCAUAUUGCGCCGUGGACAUAUAACUUAUAACGAGUACAUUCAAGUUGGCAAAGGGCGUGAUGUUGGUCUUAAUCAGAUAUCAAAAUUUGAAGCUAAAGUUGCAAAUGGGAAUAGUGAACAAACACUUAGCCGUGAUAUCCAUCGGCUUGGGCGACGCUUUGACUUUUUCAGGAUGCUGUCUUGCUAUUUCACAACAGUGGGAUUUUACUUCAAUAGUCUAAUAUCAGUUGUAGGCGUUUAUGUUUUCCUCUACGGGCAAUUGUAUUUGGUUCUUAGCGGCCUGCAGAGGGCUCUGUUAAUUGAAGCUCAGACUCAAAAUAUGAAGUCCUUAGAAACUGCCCUGGUAUCUCAGUCUUUUCUCCAGCUGGGUCUGCUUACAGGAUUGCCUAUGGUGAUGGAGCUAGGUCUGGAAAAAGGUUUUCGAGUAGCUUUGAGUGAUUUUAUCCUCAUGCAACUGCAGUUGGCUUCAGUUUUCUUCACAUUUUCUCUUGGAACAAAAGCUCACUAUUAUGGACGUACCAUUCUUCAUGGUGGUGCAAAAUACCGACCAACAGGGCGUAAAUUUGUCGCUUUCCAUGCAAGCUUUACUGAAAACUAUCAGUUAUAUUCCCGAAGUCAUUUUGUCAAAGGAUUUGAAUUGGUCUUCCUUUUGAUAAUUUAUCAUAUAUUUAGAAGAUCGUAUGUGAGCACUGCGGUGCAUGUGAUGAUCACAUACUCAACGUGGUUUAUGGCAGUGACUUGGCUGUUUGCACCUUUUCUUUUUAAUCCGGCUGGUUUUGCUUGGCGUAAGAUUGUUGAGGAUUGGGCAGACUGGACUAUAUGGAUGAGAAACCAAGGGGGCAUAGGGGUGCAACCAGAAAAGAGCUGGGAAUCAUGGUGGAAUGCCGAGAAUGCACACCUCCGUCACUCCGUAUUGAGUUCUAGGAUUCUUGAAGUGUUGCUCUCCUUACGCUUCUUCAUCUAUCAAUAUGGACUUGUCUAUCAUCUCAAGAUAUCUCAAGACAACAAAAAUUUCCUAGUCUACUUGCUUUCUUGGGUUGUUAUUAUUGCCAUUGUUGGGUUAGUUAAGCUUGUUAACUGGGCUAGCCGUCGGUUGAGCUCAAAGCACCAACUUGUCUUCAGGCUUAUCAAAUUGUUAAUAUUCCUUUCAGUGAUGACCUCCUUAAUUCUUCUCUCUUGCCUCUGCCAACUAUCCAUCAUGGAUUUAAUCAUAUGUUGCCUCGCUUUCAUACCAACCGGUUGGGGUCUCCUUCUUAUUGUUCAAGUUUUGAGACCAAAAAUAGAAUACUAUGCGAUAUGGGAGCCUAUUCAGGUUAUUGCUCAUGCUUACGAUUACGGAAUGGGUUCACUGCUCUUUUUUCCAAUUGCUGCAUUAGCAUGGAUGCCUGUUAUCUCAGCCAUCCAAACCAGGGUUCUUUUCAACAGGGCAUUUUCCAGGCAAUUGCAGAUCCAACCUUUUAUUGCAGGGAAAACUAAACGCAGGUAACUAAUGGUUUCGUUUGGAUGCGAACUGGAAUUGUAAAUAUGAUCCAUUGGUUGGUCAGGAUAGUAAUCUCUCCUUGUACAUAUUAUACGGUAUAAUUAAGGUGAUCCAUCAUUCUUUGGCCUAUAGAAAGUUUGACAGAUCUAUCAUCUUAGGCGUGAUCUAGACUUGGUUCUAUCUUCCACAUACCAUUUGUGUUACAAGAGAAUUCUGUGUUGUUGCUGUUGAACAGAAGUCAUGUUAGAUUAUGCAGUAUCACGAAUAUUUGCUUUCUAAUAACUGUACACAUGUUUAAUUGGGGGAUUUCAGCAUCAAUUCGUCACGUUUCUUGGAGCAGCUUAGUUUAUGUUAUGCUUGCUUAUUCUUUUUUCUUUUUGCUAUGUCUGUCGUGGGGGUAUGGACAUUAUGGAAGUUCACAGGACCGAUAUUCGCGUAUGGUCCUCAUUUGU